AUGCCCGCCAUCGUGUCCGACGGCCCCUAUCAUCCACCAGCCAGUGCCAGUCCGUCGAAUUCGUUUGAUAUCGCUUCACGGAAAUCCAUCGAAAAGACCUCCGUUGGCAACACUUUUCUCUACACACCAGGGACCAAUGGCGAUGUGGGCCGCCUGGAACCCCAUAGCUUUCAUCACCAGCAACAACCGGAUCACAGGCAGUUUCUCACGAGCUUGAAGAAUGGCAGUGUUCCGUCGUUGAACGGAGGGCGAUCUUCCAUCGGUUCGUACAGUCGUGAUCGACCUUAUUCCAGGACAGACAGCACGCCGUCGCUGAACAGCGUGUCCCUGCGGGAGGGCCGGGACUAUCAGCAGUACUUGUACCAACAACCGUCAUAUAAUCGUCGAGGAUCAGCGAUGGUCGAUGGGAAUGGACAAUCGGGGUCUGAGCUGGAGCUGCCGCCUCAUGUCAAUGGUAACUCAUCAAUCCGGUCACGAUCACCGACUUCGAAGCCCGUCGUUCCCAAUGGCGACACCCACCGGUUGUCGUCCAGCGACGAUCGGGCCUCUUACACGGAACCCAACCAGUCUAUAAGAAGCUAUACACCUACUCCUCUGUCGACCUCGCUUCCUGAUGACGCCAACCAUCUUCCUCCUGAACCCGACCGGCUUGCUCCUCCAAGUAAGCGCUCUCAACAUAGAUAUUCCUCUCCACCCACCCCACUGAACUACGACUCGUCUUCUUCGCCUUCGUCUCCUGGUCCGUAUUCCAACAGACAUACACUUCAAGUGCCACGAUCGACGUCCCGAAGGAGCCGUGACCUUUCGCUCGACGAGACCCGAACAUCCAAUGUCGGUCGCCCGGAACAUCACCGUCGGGCAUCGCUGAAUUUAGUCCGUCGGGCAACCCGAACAAGUGUACAUGAUAUUCCGACAGAUGAUGCGUUGACGGAUGACGAUGCCGCUCGCUGGGCAGAAGCGAUCAAGCAGAAACGAGCCAGAAAGAAGCGUCGCGAGGAGGAAGAUGACGAUCGUGUUAUUGUGGGUACGAAAGUCGACCAGAACCAUCAGAACUGGGUGACGGCAUACAAUAUGUUGACUGGUAUUCGAUUUGUGGUUUCGAGAAUCAAUGCUAAGAUGGACCGUGAACUCACACCGGCUGACUUUAAUGCGAAGCACAAGUUUUCGUUUGAUAUUACCGGCAAUGAAUUGACACCAUCCGCCAAAUAUGAUUUCAAGUUCAAGGAUUACGCUCCCUGGGUCUUUCGAAGCUUGCGAGCCAAGUUCAAGUUGGAUCCAGCGGACUACCUCAUGUCCUUGACUAGUAAAUAUAUACUGUCAGAGCUGGGCUCGCCUGGAAAGAGUGGCAGCUUUUUUUAUUUCUCCCGCGACUAUAAAUACAUUAUCAAGACGAUCCAUCAUUCCGAACACAAAUUACUUCGCAAGAUACUACCGGAUUACUACAAACAUAUCGAGAGCAACCCCAACACCUUAAUAUCGCAAUUCUACGGUCUGCACCGCGUUAAGAUGGCAUACGGUCGCAAGAUACACUUUGUCGUGAUGAAUAAUCUGUUUCCGCCGCAUCGAGAUAUCCACCAGACGUUCGACCUGAAAGGCUCGACCGUUGGGCGUGACUUGCGAGAGGAGAAUCUCGAGAAGAAUCCUCGCGCUACGAUGAAAGAUCUCAACUGGUUGCGACGCGGUCGUCAUCUGGAAGCGGGGCCGAUGAAGAAAGAAGUGUUUAUGGCUCAGCUGCGACGCGAUGUUCGAUUACUUCAGAGACUGAAGAUCAUGGACUAUUCGUUGUUGGUUGGUAUACAUGACCUUGGCCGUGGCAAUGAGGAAAAACUCCGCGACAAGACGCUUCAAGUCUUUCAACCAGGAGGUGACCGGGAUGACGACCCAAGUACCUUGUUGACGCGGACGCCGUCGAAGUUAGAGAAUGCUCGUAAAGCUCGGGAACUGCGACUUACGCUGAAACGAGAACGGCCAGUUCCUAUACAGCAGACGGCAGCAAAGAUGCCGGACGAGAUUCUUGACGAAAGGAAGAAUCUGGUAUUUUACUCUGAUGAUGGCGGUUUCCGGGCGACGCAUGAAAAUGGCCAGCCGGGAGAGGAGAUUUAUUAUCUUGGUAUCAUUGAUUGUUUGACACCGUAUGGAAUUGUCAAAAAGGCAGAACAUUUCUGGAAAGGUCUAUCGAACAAUCGAACACAGAUAUCUCCAAUUCCUCCUGAGCAGUACGGAGAGCGUUUCAUCAACUUCACGGAAGGCAUCACAAUGUCUAGAGAAGAGGCAGAGCGACUCGAACAAGCUCGAGCCAACGGACAGACGACCGAAGAAAAAGUCAAGAACACCGAAGGCAUACGUCCCGAGUCUGUGGAAAGGACAAUGGAAGCAGCCGAGGAAAUGACUCGAAACACAGGUCCCGAACCACAUCCGCGGACGUUGUCUACGAUGUGGGAUCCACAAGAUGUGAAUAGCAGUAGCGGACCAAACACAUUACCGAUUGUCGACGAAGCCGGCGAAGCUGCGAGCCAAAGGAGCGGACACAGUCCUCGGGCCAGGGCUCGAUCAGAGUUCUCAGACCGAAUCAUUGAAAAGGUUCGAGACGGGUCUCCAAACCCGUCCCCGGUGACCUCUCGCCUAAACUAUUAG